GGGAGCUGGCCAACCUUCCUUCUUCCACAAGCUGAUUAAAAACAAGGACAGAGGUCUGAGAUUCCAGAGGCCCUCUACUUGUUGUGGUGUGCAGAGGACAUACUGUUUCCAGGGUGUCAGAAGAUUAAAGCUCACUGCUGAGCUACCUAAGGAAGAUUUCUUAAACCCAAGAGUGAGAAAAGCUCAGACGGCAGUGACUCUCAGUCAUCAAAUCUCCGUAGACAUUCAGCUUAAGACAUGGCCAGGCACAUGAGCACACAGCUGCUGCUCCUGCUGGUAUACGGGGCCUUAGGUGCAGCCCAUCCCACAACUCCUCCAGGCAAGCCUCAUCCUCUUUCUGUCUGUAUCGAUGCCAAACACCACAAGGAAAAGCCAGGCCCUGAAGACAACUUGCAUGGUCAGUGCAGCCCCUGGAAGAAGAAUUCCUGUUGCACCAGCAACACCAGCCAGGAAGCACAUAAGGACGUGUCCUACCUCUAUAGUUUCAACUGGAACCACUGUGGCAAGAUGACACCCUCCUGCAAACGGCAUUUCAUCCAGGACACCUGUCUCUAUGAGUGCUCCCCUAACUUGGGGCCCUGGAUCCGGCAGGUUAACCAAAGCUGGCGCAAAGAGCGGUUCCUGGAUGUGCCGUUAUGCAAAGAGGACUGUCAGCGCUGGUGGGAGGAUUGUCGUACCUCCUUCACCUGCAAGAGCAAUUGGCACAAGGGCUGGAACUGGACCUCAGGGUAUAACCAGUGCCCCAUCGGAGCUGCCUGCCACCCCUUCCACUUCUACUUCCCCACGCCUGCUGCUCUGUGUGAAGAGAUCUGGAGUCACUCUUACAAAGUGAGCAACUACAGCCGGGGGAGCGGCCGAUGCAUCCAGAUGUGGUUUGAUCCAGCCCAGGGCAACCCCAAUGAGGAGGUGGCAAGGUUAUAUGCUCAGGCCAUGAGUGGGGCUGGGCAUCCUGGGGCCUGGCCUUUCCUGCUCAGCCUGGCCCUGGCUCUGCUCUGGCUGCUCAGCUGAAUCCCCUUUACCCUGGGUGCCCCGCUUAGUUCCCCAGCCCUCAGCUCUUCUGAGAUCCUCUGUGGUGGGAAAUCCAACAGCAGUUUCAAAUAAACUAGACACUCCA